AUGCUGCGCCGUGCGCCGUGCCUCUUUGCGGCGAACAUUCCGCGAAGUGCGUGGGACCCGGCGCACUUCAACACGAAUUGGUCUGACAGCUACAGCAGCGACAUCGCGGCCCGCCGCCACUGGCCCGCAAAGAAGUGGUCCAUCGGCCUCGAGCCACGCACCCCCCGGGACUGGCUGCAGUUCUCCUACCGCAACCUGGCCUACGCCUACAACGGCGCCCUGCGCGCCUGCCAAAGCUUUCCUGAGAUGCUGGUGUACUACAAGGAGAUGAAACAGCGCGGGGUGAAGGUGGACGUGGACACCAUGAACGUUCUCCUCACCCGCGCCGCACGCUACGAACGGAUUCAGGUGGACGAUGUCUUCCUGCUCUUUGACGAGUUGACGGCGCUGGGGGCCCGCCCCGACAUCGCGGCCGUUGAAACCCUGCACACGGUGCUGGACCACAGCGCCGCCAUGCCGCAGGAGUGGCGCGAGGCCCGUCGCCGGCAGCUGGUGGAGUUGUACAACUGUCUCGCCAUUGAGGAGAUUGAGCGGCUUGCCCCGCAUCGCGUGGACCGGCUGCUGAAGGCGCAAGUCAAACGUUAUCGGGAUAAUCUGCGUGCACUGAAGGCGAGCCUCAGCCCCUCUGUCUACCGCCGCUACCUGCACACAAUGCACUCCGCCUCGCUGCUGCUGGAGGAGGUGCACAACUUUUUGUGGGAGCUGGUGGAAAGCGACCACCCCGCGAUGGAGAUCCCCGCGCUGCAGCUGCGCAUUCCAUUUGUGGGUUCCGUCCUGCGACGGCCUGACGCCGACGCCAACGCGUCGCUGGUGAAAUUCACAGACUUUGAGGACACGGACGUGUGCUCAGUUUUCCUCGCCGCCGCGGAGCGGGCGGUGGACGCCGAUCUUCACGACGCCCGGCCAGUCUCGGAGCGGCGGAUAUUUCUCUCGCUGCUGACGAUGAUUUCCUACAGCGGCGUGCUGUACACCGCAGACCUCAUGGCGCACCUGAUGGAGAUGGUGAAGUACUCCACCAACGGCGCCGCGCGGGACUCGGACGCGCAGCGGCUUCUGCGGUACGCCAUUCGUGGCUCCGGCGCCGCGCAGGAUGAGGCGCACCGCGCGCUGUGGCAGAAGGUGGAGACGGUAGCGGACAGCCGGGUGGUGGGCCGGUACCUCGGCGCCCGCGAGCCGUGGAGCCCCACCCGCGUGUGCUUCGACGAGCGGGGGAUGUUCAAGUCCUACCCGCCGCUGGUGCGCGCGGCGGGGGCGGGCAGGGCCUCUGCCAGUGCGGAGGCAACCACGGCGGGCGGCGCUGCGCUGGAGGACGGCGCGGGGGAGCAUCAGGUGCAGCGGCGGGGCGCGUCGAAUGAGAUGGCCGCGCACACAGGCGCCGCGGAGGCGGAGGAGGAGGUGGAGGGCGUGCGCGGCGCCGUGGUGGCGGCCGAGCCGGCAGCGGGUGCCGGCAGCAGGGACGCCGCGCUGCAGGAGGCAUCCCACGGAGAGCAGCGGACGGUAGAGGCGUUGAAUUUGCGCUGGAGCGACGUACACCGCCUGAUUGAGCGCACACGCGCCCUCACAACGCCGCCGACGGAACGGCACCCGCAGCAGGAGAAGAUGGAGGUUUUCACGGGCAUCGCCGUGUACUUGCGCACGCUCGCCACCGGGCGCCGCUACGGCGGUGACGACGAGGAAGCGGCAGAGGCAGCGGGAGGCGCAAACCCCGCCGAGUCACAGGGGCAGGCUUUAUUUGCCGCCGGCUACGGAAUAGACGUCUGGGCGCGGGUCUUUGACCUCGUGCAGGAGGUUCGCCACGACAUGGAGAAGUUCAUCACGGACAACGCGGCCCACCACGUGGAGCCGGAGUUUGAGUGCUGGGAGGCGCUGCUCGUCACGCUCCGCUGCGUCCUGGACUUCUGCGUGGUGCAGACGCAGGAGCAGGGGAAAGGGGCGCGGGCGGCGGCGGCGGCGGAGCUCUUCGAGAAGGCAAUGAGGCUGCGCAACGAACUUGUGGAGGAGAGUCGCACACGAUUCGGCGGUAGGAUGCGGAUUUUGUGGCUGCAGGAGGCCUGA